AUGUCGGAUGGGACGGAGGACGCCUCGGAAAGCGCCAAGGUGAGGGCGCUGUCUGAAUGCGAAGAGCAGCACAAGAAGCUGUUGAGCUGCCUCAAGGGAGAGCAUGCCCUGACAAGCUGGUCGAGUUGGACUUUCUGCACGCAGGAAUCUGGGGAGUUCUGGCGGUGCUACGAGCAGUCCAGGGGGAUCAAGAUGACAGAGCAACCGAUGGCGAUAUGGAGGCAGACGAUGCAGAAGAUGGGGAUGCCUUCGACUCUGGCUGGAGAGAAGGUGCAGCUGUCUGGUGCUGAUGAGCAGCACAAGGACUCUAAGCAGGAGGGAGGAGGGGGGGCUUCUAGUUGA